UUUGAUAAAAUCAGGAACUUCGCAUACAACUCGGGAAGAAGUUCACCUCACAACCUACUAGGGCAAACUAUGAAAACUUGUUAGGGUCCUCCUAUCCUGAGAUCCGCCACUGCUAAGGGACUUCACAGAGUCCGAGGAUCUCACUUUUUUCUCUUUUUUUAAUUUAAUUUUCAUUUUUCUUUAUUUUUCCUUUCCCUCCCCACUUUUUUUUUUUUUUUUUUUUUAAAUAUGGUUUUUUGCAAGUCAGUUAUUCUGGAUGUUUGAAAACUGAAUUAAGCAAAAUUCACUCAAGAAGUUGGCUGAAUGUUGCAAGCUUGCAAGAUGGAAGGAUUUCCCCUAAUUCCCCCUCCCUCUGAAGAUAUGGUACCCUAUGAGUCAGACCUCUACCGACAGCCCCAUGACUAUUACCAGUAUCUCAACAGUGAUGGAGAGAGUCAUGGUGAUCAUUAUUGGGAGUAUCAUCCACACCACAUGCACAGUGAAUUUGAGACCUUUGGAGACAACCAUUUCACAGAGCUGCAGAGUGUGCAGCCUCCCCAGCUGCAGCAGCUCUACAGGCACAUGGAGAUUGAGCAAAUGCAUGUCUUGGACUCUGCAAUCCCAACCACACACAUUGGACUCAACCAUCAGGUGUCCUAUUUGCCCCGGAUGUACUUCUCUCCACCUCAGCCCAGCUCUGACGAGGAGGACAUAGAGAGGCAGAGCCCCCCCUUGGAGGUGUCAGAUGGGGAGAAUGAUGGUGUGGACCCUGGGCCUGGAAUUAUGCAUGGAGAAACAGGCAGCAAGAAAAAGAUCCGUCUGUAUCAGUUCCUUCUGGACCUUCUUCGCAACGGGGACAUGAAGGACAGCAUUUGGUGGGUGGACAAGGAGAAAGGUACUUUCCAGUUCUCCUCCAAACACAAAGAAGCAUUGGCACAUCGCUGGGGCAUCCAGAAAGGCAACCGCAAGAAAAUGACCUACCAGAAGAUGGCACGGGCUUUGAGAAACUAUGGCAAGACAGGCGAGGUCAAGAAAGUUAAGAAGAAGCUGACUUACCAGUUUAGUGGAGAGGUGAUGGGAAGGGGGGGCACUGAUAGGAAACAUUAUCCUCACUGAGGCCUUGGGACCCUGAGCAAGAAAAAUAUUGAGAGCUCCUGGCUGGAUACCAGCAGAGGAGAUGGACGCAUCUUUCUCUUUGCUUCCUGUGCCCCCUUCUCUGCCUUUAAACAGCCUUUAUCAUCAGAUGUUUCUGGUACGAAUUCCCUUCUUCAGCAUCUGAGAAUCCUAAUCAUGACAGAAUUCUUUGCUUCCAUCCUCCAAGCUGGACAGAGUUGGGAAAUUUAAACCAUGUACAAAUAUAUUGUUGUCAGGAAAGAAUUUUUUUUUUUUUUUUUUUUUGAUUGUAACUAAAGAGUACAGCCGAUGAAGUUUUGCCUCCAGAGGUGGUGCUGUGUCACUGGCAGUGACACCGCAUUAGCUUCCAGCUUCUAAACUAGCAUUAAUACAGGCUCUGCCGCAGCUCUCAGGGCUAGAGAGAAGCUUGCAGAUCUUGGAAUGAUACCUGUUCUUUUAAAUAGUAAUAACAUGUACAUAUUUAAUAAAAUUAGAUAUAAUGGAGUUUUGAUGUUUGCAUAAUAAAUGAUUACUUCACACACAGACAUCACACAUUCACUUAUGCAGAUGCAGCUCCUGUGUGGUGUCUGAGCAAAAGGUGCCCUGGCUUGUAGGGCCUCACCCAUCUGUAGCUACUCUUUCAUUUACCUGGAAAGAUCAUCAGUGGUGUCAAACUAAGUAACAAAGGUAAGAGAUGAAAUACAUAACUGUGAAAGAGACUACAGUACUGAGGAUUUAAAAAUACAUCUAUGUAUAUAUUUCUCACUAUUUUUUCUAGUGCAAAAACCCUGCCAUUUGAACAUUUUCUGGUCGUGUAUAUCAAUAAUUGCAUUUAUACCCCCAUCCUGUUUAGAAUGUAACAAUUAACCAUAUCCUUCUAUUGUUUUACUUAUUUUCCUGCUCCUGUUCUUUUGUCUUAUUUUCCCCCACAGUGAUACCUUAUGAAUCUGUCUUGGAAAUAAGUUGUGUUUAAUCAUGUCUUUGCAGAAUUCCAGUACAAAAGAGUUUCAAGAUUUUAACUGUGGAUUUUAAUCCCUACUGUAAAGCAAUUAAUAGUAACUAAUAACAACUGCACUGUAUAGAUAACACUCAAAAUGCAAAAUAAAUGAUAAUUCAAUACCU